AUGUUCAGUACGAGUAUGGAUUCUGGAAGGGGUGUGGGUGUUGUUGUAGCAGGGACGGUGCUAUUUCCCAUGUGUUUCGUGUGGCCGUAUGGGGGCAGGAGCGUGUAUCUCAGUGGUUCCUUCACACGGUGGUCUGAGCUUCUGCAAAUGUCACCAGUUGAAGGUUGUCCAACUGUGUUUCAAGUAAUCCAUAGCUUGGCCCUUGGUUAUCAUCAGUACAAGUUUUUUUUUUUGUUGAUGGAGAAUGGCGGCAUGAUGAACACCAACCUUAUAUAUCUGGAGAAUAUGGGAUAG